CUUUCUCUUCUCUGUGCUGAGCUGAUUCGAGGUAGCGUUAUCACGUGCCACUGCGUACAUAGUCUAGGUCUUCAAUACAGGAAAUCACCCUCUGUGGCGCGUCGCGAAAUUCAACCUCCAUCUCCUAAUGGAUCAACCGCAUGAAACAACAUUUAACGCCGCCUUUCCACGAACUAAAAACGGUCGGUUAGUUGCUUGCGAGCCUUGCCAAAGACGGAAAUAUGCUUGUGAUCGCUCUCUUCCAACAUGUCUACGCUGCCAGCGAAGUCGGGUGAAGAAGCCUUGCAGAUAUGUUACGACGAACCCCCAGCAUGCGCAGAGCUCUGAUCACUGUUCCAAUAAUGCUCGAAUUGUUCACCCCAAGUCCCCGCAUAAUAAUUUGACGGUAGAUCCAUUACUAUCAAGCAGUACAUUUGAAACAGUUGAAUUGAUGAUGCCUAAUGCGCCGACCCUAAAUCCACUCAAUGAGAGUGAAGUUCUCAGCCGCUACGAAAGCAUGCCUCCAACCCUCAGCUCUCUAGCCCAUGAGAGAAACUCUUUACUAAUUAUGGACAUCAGCGGAUUGCAAGCAGCUUUGGAUGUUCUAUCUAGCUUGCCAAGUCUUGAGGCAGAACACAUACUUGCUAAGCCUCAUAUCAAUCCGUUCAAUGGAUGGAUUCCAUUGCCUACGACGCAGAUAUUGACCGAGCUAAGAAGUACUUAUGCUUCUGCAUUUCAGCAGGGCAAGAAAAGAGAGCACUUGAUUGAACUAGCACUCAUAAUCUUCUCAAAUACUGCAAUAGCACUAUCUGACGGCCAACAUUAUCCAUCAGAGGAGUGGUACACAUCAUUCUCUGGCCCACGAUUAAGAUGGGAGACAAUUGGGCUGCUCUUCAGCAGCUGGGCUCUAUAUGCCCUUCAAAACAAAGAGCACAUCAGUCAAUAUCGACCCAGAGUACUGGUGGCCAAAUUCUUCAAUGUAAUGGAAAGCUGCAUCAGAUUCUGUCAAUUGGCCAAAUCUAGCAACAUAUUUCUACUCUACCUCUUAUACCGGACUAGCAUUGUUUCAUCUAUUUUGCAUGGCCCUAAUAAUGCCAAUUUUUGGAGGCUUCACACAGAAACGAUCUCUUUAGCAUGUUCUUUGCGACUUCAUGCUAUGCCUGAUUCCUCACUAAAGGACUUUCAUAUUAAGAAGCAAUCGGAACGCCGUCUGUUCACCGCAAUAUAUAUUCUUGAUACAACAGCUGCGGCUUUCUCUGGUAAAAGUCCUAUGUUAACAUCGCAAGACUGCUCUACAGCUUUGCCACUGGAUAUCUGCGAUGCCACUCUCUUACGCAAGAAGCCCAAUGAGACUUCAGACCUUCUCUCGCUAGGAAUUGAUGACUAUGGCUGGAAUACUGGGGGGAAAAUCUAUGGCACAACAACUCUGCGAGCAAGAGGGUUGAUAGCGAAUCUUCGAGAGAAGAUUCUGGUUAUUGCUCUAAAUAAAAGACCGAAACUUUUGCCAGAUUUAAUCAAAUUAAAGCUUAAACAAGUCUAUGCUUUCAGCCAACUUCCUAGCUGGAUUCAGUUAUCUGAUGCUGAUUGUAAGCUCAAAUCGCUUGAGCCUCAUGUUUUGUACACCAAACUUUUCAUCCGACUCGAGCACCUUCAAAAUAUCCUUCUCAUUGAAAGAGUAUUGCACGAUAUUCAACCUGAAAUCGCCCAAGAUGAGCUGGUUGAGGUCUGUUUGGAAAUUGUAUCAGUUACAGUUAUUUUCUGGACGCGAAAUGAUUGCUUGGUGGGCAUGGAGGGCGACCAUGAGUGGCUUAUCACAGGCUAUGCGGUUCCAGCUGCUGUCACUUUAUGUAAAAACCUCCUUCUAGCGCACGAUAAAGGCUCCUCUAUGUCUUCCGCUCCUGUCUCAGCAAUUAUUCAACAACUGAGCUUACUUGGCGCUUUUAUAGAAUGGCUGAUGCUUCGUGUGCCUUGCACGGAUCGAUGUAUUAAGACAAGGAGUCUCAUUUUGCAAGUCUUGGACCAAGUCCUCAACAAUCCACCUCAUACAACUACUGGUAUAUUUCAAGACAGGAUAUCUCGGAGAUCGGCUUCUCACAUAGUUCAUCCCGACGAAUUAGAAGAUAUUGAUACGUUUAAUUGGCUUAAAUAAAGACUUGGGGG